AUGGCACAAGACGCUACAGCCCUUGAUUCCGGCGACACCGCUUGGAUGCUUACCGCAACUGCCCUCGUUCUCUUUAUGACGAUUCCUGGGCUUGCCCUCUUCUACGGUGGACUCGUGCGCGUCCAAAACGUACUCUCUGUCCUUAUGCAAUGUUUUGCAUUGACAGGGUUGAUUACGAUCCUAUGGAUUAUCUGUGGUUAUAGCCUCGCCUUUAACACCGCUGGCAUGGAGGCGGGUAAAAUCACACUCACUUCUUUUGUCGGUGGGCUUGGUACGAUGUUCCUACGGGGUAUCGGGGUAGACACCCUAUCUGGAACUAUCCCCGAAACCGUUUUUGUUGUUUUCCAAAUGACAUUUGCCAUUAUUACCCCUGCCUUGAUCGCUGGCGCAUUCGCGGAGCGGAUGAAGUUCUCAGCGAUGUUAAUCUUCUCGGCAGUCUGGUCUCUCAUUGUGUACGCACCGCUCUGCCACAUGGCAUGGUCUGGUGACGGUUCAUUCUUUGGUGAUAUUAUCGGAGCACUUGAUUUCGCAGGUGGGAAUGUUGUGCAUAUUAAUGCAGGUGUCGCGGCAUUGGUUGCUGCCAUCUUGGUCGGCAAACGACUCGGUUACCAGACAACCGCAAUGCCUCCACACAGUUUGACCCUCACCGUCGUCGGCGCAUCAAUGCUUUGGGUCGGUUGGUUCGGGUUCAAUGCUGGUAGUGCUGUUGCCGCUGAUGGUACCGCUGGUAUGGCGAUGCUUGUCACGCAGAUUUCAACUGCCACCGCCGCUGUUACAUGGAUGUUUAUUGAGUGGGGGAAACACGGUAAACCGAGUGCAUUGGGCAUUGUAACGGGUGCCGUUGCUGGCUUAGUUGCGAUUACGCCUGCUUCUGGUUCUGUCGGACCGAUGGGCGCACUCGUUAUCGGGCUCGUCGCUGGCGCCGUCUGUUUCUGGGGCACUACGAGUUUGAAAUCGCAACUCGGAUAUGACGAUUCCUUGGAUGCAUUCGGUGUUCACGGUAUUGGUGGGAUUGUCGGUGCCUUACUGACCGGCAUUUUUGUCGCUGAGGGCUUAGGUGGUAAUGGGUUAGCUGAAGGUAUGACAAUAGGUAAACAGGUCUUGGCGCAGCUGAUCAGCAUCAUUAUUACCAUUAUUUGGAGUGGUGGGCUUUCGUUUAUCAUCCUCAAGAUUGUGGAUGCCACAGUCGGCUUACGCGUUGAAGAGGAUGACGAACGGCAAGGGCUUGACCUAUCGCAACACAACGAACGUGGAUACAACCUCUCAUAG